ACAAAAGCUAAAAUUUGAAGACAAAAUUUAUUUCGUAAACUUCUUAAAUAAAAUCCUUUCUGAUUUGGAUAUAUUUCUGGCAAAAUUAAAUUCGUUCCGCAAAUGAUGCUGCCCUCCCACUGUCGAAUUUGGAAUGUUAGAAGCAGAAUGGUUAUGUUGGAAACGAUUCGAAUGUUUACGAAUUUCGAAGACAAAGGCAAAGCAGAAGAAAAUAUUUACUUUCUUAAAGAGCAAAGAGAAAAGCUGCGUUUAUUGCGUAAAAAAAUGUUAGAAGUGGAGGGUACGCUGGAUGCCAGUAUUAAAAAUCUCGAAAAAGCUGUACAAAUUGCGAAAACCAUAAAAAAAGAUCAAACGAAAAAAGAAUAACAUGCAAUUGAAAUCGUCGUAACUAAUAAUGUGACAUCAGUUAUUUUUAAAAAUACCGCGAAAUACGAAUACGAAAAAGUUUUUACAAAUUUUUAUGUGCAAAAUAAAAAAGUUGUACUUGCAACGUUUAAGCGGUAAUGUUCGGUCUUUAUAUGAAGA